CCUCAACUCCACUCUUCAAAGGAAGGCCUGCCUUACUUCUACCGAAACAACACUACGACGCAGCUGGGAAAGAGUAAUAUUCCUACAGAAGUACCAGCUCGAAAGGAGAGACAGAAAACGAACAAUGCAGCUUAACUAUUUGACAGAUGAGUGAGUGCGAG